AUGCACGUCGCUACGGUGACUGUACUCCUGCUCGCGGUGUGUGUGCCGCUCGCCUCUGCCGCUCUUUCUCCGUACUUCCGCCCGCCAGCCUUUCCGAUCUUUGCGAACAACCCGUACUGGUCCGUAUGGUCUUUAUCGGAUGCUCCUGGCAGGUCGUGGACCGAACACGCAAACGGCGGCGUUCAAGGAAUGACUGGCUUCGCCAAAGUCGAUAGCACCUACUAUCGCUUUCUGGGAGUGCCGUCUGUCGGUGGCACAGGCAUCAUUGUGGAUCCCAUUUCGACCCAGAUUUUGCCGCUGAGCACCGUUUACACCUUCAAGCUCGGAACGGCCAUCCAGAUGGUGUUGACUUUCUCACAACCAGCACAAAUCGAUGACGAUACCUUGGUCUCGGUGCCAGUGACGUAUGUCACGUUCGCGCUCUCGUCCCUUGAUGGCGCAUCGCACACUGUCAGUCUCUACAUUGAUCACUCGGCCGAGCUUGUUGUAGCGGAUGUUGUUUUAAGCGGCUCCACGAAUGACCGUAUCAACUGGGGUAAUGCAUACAUGGCUGCCCCCAAGGAAACUGCCCUCGUAGGCACUGUCAGUUCCGAUGCCAACUGCAGAAACGCAUUUAUCAGUGGUGCUGCUGCACCAGCUUUGCAAACUGGUCCUCGCAAUGGCAACGAUAACUGGCCUGUGUUGUCACUGAGGUGGAACGGCCUGAGUGUGACCUCCACGACAAGUGUCACUAAAUUCAUGACCCUUUCCUAUGACAAUGUCAACACGAUGAACUUUUUCUCCAAGGUUCUCCCUCCGCUCUGGUCGACAAAGAUUGGCACGAUUUUGACGGUGAUUGCACAGAUGCACACCAACUAUGCCACCUACAUGAGUGCCAUCAACGCCCGCAACACUGCCCUUGUGACUCUGUUCGACAAGCGCGGCUCCAACUCUUACACCACCUUGCUGUCGCUUGUGUAUCGCCAAGUCACUGCGUCGACCGAGCAUGCGAUCGACACGACCACACAACAGCAUUACGUCUUUAUGAAAACGUUCGCCACCAGCUCGACCAAUGGCCCGGUCAACGGGCAGGUCAACGCAGUGACCACCAUGUUCUUUGCCUCUCCGUUCUACUUGCUGCUGAAUCCCUCGCUUGUGCCAAAGAUGCUGCUUCCUGUGCUCAAGUACGCCAACAGCGAGACCUCGUUCCCGUACACGCGUAGCUGGGCUCCCUCGCAUGUUGGCCAGUGGCCGCUCUGCACUGCCGCGAUUCCCACAACCUACGACAUGCCAGUCGAGCACACGGCCAACAUGCUGAUCAUGAUCACGGCUGCCGCCCAGCGUGGUGCUCCGCUGACCUAUCUGCAACCGUACUGGCCGCUCCUGACCACCUGGGCAAACUACUUGGUCGCCAGCCUGCCUUUCCCAACGAGCCAGCUCUUUGUGGACUCGUAUGGAACAGCGUCUGCGAACAACGUCAACCUUGCCAUGAAGGGUGCGAUUGGAGUUGGCGCGUACAGUCUGCUGCUCAGCCUGACUGGCAACACCACUGCUGCGGCACAAUACAUGAACUCGGCCACAAGCUUUGCCAGCCAGAUUCUGGCGCAGUCCUUGUCGACGGACCAUUAUCUGCGCGAGAAAGGCGCGGCUUCAACCACCUGGUCUCUCAAGUACAAUCUGCUGUUCGACCGCGUGCUCAAGCUCGGACUGUUUGCGGAUGCCGUCAUGACGACGGAACAGACCUUCUACACGCCCAAAAUGGGCGCGUAUGGUUUGCCGGUUGACAGCACAACCAGCGCCAAUGGUCGUGUUGGCGAGCAGGGCUUUGUUGCGGCAAUUGGCACAACUGCUCAGUUUACAUCCAUUUUUGACAAGCUCUUUCUCUAUGCCAACACCACUGCGAGUCGUCUACCGCUGGGUGAUUACUAUGUUGUUGGAUCAGGCGCCAAUGUGGACUUCCGAGCAGGCGCCUUUGUCGGUGGCCUCUACGCUCGCGAGCUUCUCGAGGAUGUUCGGGCAGUGGCCUCGACCUCGUCCAUCUCCGCUCGGGUCGCUUCAAGUGCUUCUGCCGCAACCGCCUCCAGCGUGUCGGCGUCGUUUGCGACAAUUGAAGCUGCAGCCUCUGUCGCCUCGAUUUCACAAGCCAGCUUAACGUCGGGCGCAUCACAAGCAGCAGCGUGUCCCACGAACUGCACUUGCUCGGGAAAUCCUGUUACUACAGUCGAUUGUCAAUACGCCUCUCUUUCAAGCAUUCCAAGCGAAAUCCCAGUCACCACAAUGAUGCUGUAUCUGGCUGGCAACCAGAUCACCAGCAUUCCCGCCUCCGCAUUCGAAGGCCUGACUGAGCUGAUGGAAUUGUAUCUGUCGGGCAACCGGAUCACCAGCAUUCCCGCCUCUGCAUUCACAGGUCUCGUUGCGCUGAAGAUCUUGUCUCUAUCCAGCAACCGGAUCACCAGCAUUCCCGUAUCUACAUUCUCAGGUCUCGUUGCGCUGAAGAUCCUAUGUAGGAGUCUUGCUUACAACCAGUUCACCAGCAUUCCCACCUCUGCAAUCACAAAUCUGACUGCGCUGAAUCGACUGGAUCUGCGAAACAACCAGAUCACCAGCAUUCCCGCCUCAGCAUUCACCGCCCUGACUGCGCUGGUACAAUUGGCUCUUGAGAGCAAUUCUUUCACCACCUUGCCGCCCGGUCUAUUUAAGGGCUUGCCGAGUGGCCUGUAUUUGUCGUCUGCAUCUGAACCACUGGUGCCCAACAACUUUACCUUUGGAGAGAACACUGUCGCUCCGCCCAGCACAUACGGCAGUGCAUCCGAACCAUACCCGUGUGAUACAACCUGUGCCACUUGCUAUGCCGCAGGAAGCAGUGCGUGCUGCGGGACCAAUUGUUUGACCUGCACUUCAUCUGCAGUGUGCACUCAGUGUUAUGAAGGCUUUGAGAUGAUGGGCGACUUCUGCUCCGCUUCAGCUGCCACAAACGCAUCGAUCGCCUCUGUUGCUUCCAUCGAGAGCAUACAAUUUGUCUCAGCUGCUUCUGUUGCCUCUGGUGUUUUCGCUACCUCGGCCUCCUUUGUUUCCCUCGCUGCUGCAUCUUCAGCGUCAAUUGCAUCAGUUGCAUCAACUGCAUCAAUUGCCUCUGUCUCGGUGACUGCCGUUGCCUCAACCGCUUCGGCGUCCGCUGCAUCGGUUGCGUCCUCCAUCGCACAAAACAGCGGCGGUGGAGGCGGCUCGCAAGACUCAUCUUCAUCUUCAGCAGCCGUCAUCGCUGCUGUUGUAGCGUGUGUUGCAGUUGCGAUCAUUGCAGUGGUGUUCGUCGUGUUGCGACGUCGUCGAUCGCACCCACAUUCAGUUGCACGACCAAAAGACUCUACCGGUCCGAUCUAUCAGGAAGCUGUUGAAAUGACCAUUUCUCCUCUUCCCCAUUCGGCUCGAUCUGAGGAUGUUGCAGCCUACGCCGCGGUCGGUCAAAAACAGCCAGAGCCUUUGUACCAAGCCAUCCCGACCGCCCCGCCAGAAGAGGUGGUUUACGAUUAUGCGAGCGCCUAUGUUGCUGGCAGCAAUUCUCGUCGCGUUCGUGAAGGCUUGACCAUUGUGAAGCACCUUGCCAGUGGCAACUUUGGCGACGUGGCACUGGGUCAAGUGCCAUUCAGCGUCUUGCCCCCGCGAGCUCAAGCUUUGCUUGGACCUACAGUAUUCGAAUCCGUGCAAGUUGCAGUCAAGUCGCUCAAGUCUGAUGCAGACGAGAAAUCCCGCAAAGACUUUGAGAGCGAGGCGAAACUGAUGGCGCCGUUUGUGCAUACGAAUGUCGUGCGCUUGCUUGCGGCUCUGGUCGAGUCAGAGCCCCAUCUCGUCCUGCUCGAGUUUGUGCAGUACGGCGAUUUGCGCACCCUGCUGCAAAAGUCCAAGCUCCACUCGCUUUGGUGGACGCACAACGAGCAGAUCCAUGCCAUUCGUCAGAUUGCACUCGGCAUGGAGUACCUGGGUACUCUCCACUUUGUGCAUCGCGAUCUCGCUGCGCGCAACUGUCUCGUGGGGCAAGGGAUGGUGGUCAAGAUUGCUGACUUUGGGCUUUCCCGCGAACUCGCUUCCGAGAACGAUUAUUAUCGAAUGCAAACGCGCGGCAAGCUUCCUGUGAAGUGGAUGGCACCUGAAACAAUGACCUUCCGCAAGUUCUCGACCAUGUCUGAUCUUUGGUCGUUUGGUGUGACCGCCUGGGAAUGCUUCAGUUAUGGGGCACCACCGUAUGGCAAGAUGGAAGGGCGUGAGACUUUGGCUUUUGUGGAGGCUGGUGGUCGACUACCCCAGCCGGAGCACUGCACAACUGAACUUUAUAGCCUGAUGGCUAGUUGCUGGAACAUUAUCCCGGAACUGCGUCCAAGCUUUACGCAGCUCACCAAAGCUCUGAAAAACUUUGAUGAUGGGACGACUGUCCGCGAAAUUGGGGCAAUGUUGUGA